GAUUCAUCAGAAAUAGUCGUAGCAGUAGUGGUAUGUGGUGACAGAUUGACAGAAACGUUGGUUAUGCUAAAAUCGGCCAUAUUGUUUUGCUUCUAUUUGAGACACGACUUGCGUAUUGUGAUAUUUACUGAGAACUCACUCUUCCAGAGCUUCAGUGAAAGGUUGGGAGAAUGGCAGAGUCUCACCAACACCUCUUUCCAGUUUGAGUUGCAUGGUUUAUCUUUUCCUGACCAAAAAUGGAAAUGAAUGGAGAAAACUAUCAAGCCUUGUGCAGCGCAGAGGCUAUUCUUACCUACACUGCUCUCACAUCUUGACAAAGUGCUCUACGUUGAUACGGACGAAUUCUUGGCACCUUUGUCGAAAGUGUGGUCGCAUUUUGACAAGAUGACAACCCAGAUGGCAGCACUUUCUCCCGAACAUGAAGACCCCAGUAUAGGCUGGUACAAUCGCUUCGCAAGGCAUCCUUACUAUGGCAAAACUGGUGUGAAUUCAGGUGUAAUGUUGAUGCAUUUAGCCAGAAUGCGGAGCUUUGGCUGGUCGAGUUACCUACAACCUAUCUACAAUGAGUUCAAGCUAAAACUUACCUGGGGUGAUCAGGAUAUUAUCAACGUUCUAUUCCAUUUUCAUCCAGAGCGUCUACUAGUGUACUCAUGUGCGUACAACUACAGACCUGACCACUGCAUGUACUCGUGGAUGUGUGGAGAGGCAGAGAGAGAGGGAGUGGUUGUGGUUCACGGAUCUCGCAGUUCUUUUCACGGCGAGAAGCAGCCUGCUUUCAAGGCUAUCUACAAAGCUGUAGAAGAG